AAUGAGCAGUUCGACCGUGAAAAUAAUAAGAAUGAGCAGUUCGACCGUGAAAAUAAUAAGAAUGAGCAGUUCGACCGUGAAAAUAAUAAGAAUGAGCAGUUCGACCGUGAAAAUAAUAAGAAUGAGCAGUUCGACCGUGAAAAUAAUAAGAAUGAGCAGUUCGACCGUGAAAAUAAUGGUGAAAUAGGAAAUGCGUCGGCCGGCCUUUGUAAUCCGCAAACGCAUCCAACUACUACUCAAAAUGUCAAAGUCUCUGCUGAAGUCCAGCAGAUAUUGGAUCAGAAAGAGUAUUUUGAUCAAAAAGAAUUAUCGGAUCUUGCAGAAAAAGAUCAAAAAAUUUCAGGAUUAGUUGAACUGUAUGAAAAUACGAAAGCUCAAUUUAUUGACGCUUAUUGUGAGUUUCAAAACAAUAAUCAAGUGCUUCAAACCAAUAUCACUAAUCUAGAAAAUUUAUAUCAAGAAGAAGCAAACGAGAAGUUGAGAAUUCAACAAGCAUAUGAUGAGCUCAAAAGUAAAAACGAUGAAGCGUAUAAAACGUGGGAAAGCGAGCAUUUGAAGAACCAAAAACAAAUCAAAAAUCUUCUAAAUGAAAACAGUUCUUUAAGAGCAGAAUCGGCUCAAUUUCAAUCAGCUCUUGGGAACGCUAGAAAUGUUCGCUGGGAUGAUGAAGAUGUCAAUAAUUCUGUUAAUCUCAAUAGUGAUAUCAAAACACUUCAAACUUCUUUACGCGAAUUUACCCAGCUCAAAGGGGGUGCAUACAGCUUAAAAGAGCAGAGCAUAAAGCAACUUUUUGCAAAAUAUAAGUCAAAAGGAAAUAUUGAACAUAAACUAUCAAUAAGUGUUGCUUUACAACGGUUGACUAUUGAAACCAUCCUUGACGAAUAUGAUAAAUAUGUUCGUGCUUCGACAAAAGUUAUUACAGAAGAUUUUUCAUUAGAACGUCAACUCUUAACUAGUAAUGAAACAUUUACAAAAAUUAUUGAAGAUUUUGUUAUAACUCGUGCCGGAAAUGAUGAAACGAUUAGAAUAACUGGAAUCAAAAUAUCCCAAGCAAUCUACGCGAUGUUAGGAAAUCAUGGUUUCGAGAAAAAAGACCAUCAAUUUGUCGCCUCUACAAAACAUCAGCUACUCACUGCAUUGCAAACUUAUCGAUUAAUUAAAUUACCCGAGAAACAGAAAGAACAAGAAGAUCGUGCAGAAGAAAUUACACUUAGUGUUAUUCGUAUUCUCAAGUUUCGUCUUUUGGCUCAGGAACCGCCCGCUAUUUUUCAGUGGUUCGAAAAUGGAGAUAAAUUAGAUGAAGCAUUGAUGGAAUGGGUUUCGACAGGCGAAGAUGAAUCCAAUAUGGUUGUCGACAUCUGUGCAUUUCCAGCAAUCUGUGAUUCCAAAACACGGCAAAGUUAUAUAAAGGCUAAGGUAUCAAUUUGCAAUAAAUCAGAAGAAAAAAAGGAAAGUUUUUUAGAACGUAUCGGUAAUCGGAUUUCGUUAGGAAGUGGUAAUAUCCAAGCUCUAUCUGGAAUUUAA